CAGCUCCUGCAUACAAACGAUUUCCUUCUCAAUCGAAAAUUGGACAGGAAUUCUCGGCAUGUAUGUUUUAUGGAGUAGUUUCGGUGUGGACUUGAAACUUCACAAGUGAGCUUAAGUUGUUCGGAAAUACUAUUUCCCCUCGUCAUACAAUAGAACGAGCAUGUCUUCACAAAAACUAAACGUUAUGUUGUGGUUGUUUGUUUUCUUAACCGCAUGUACAACUCCUGUGCUAGGAAAGAAUGUACUGGUGUCAAUGUUGGAUAAUGAAGUACGGCGAUGUAUAACGGACCAAUCGGAACCACCCGUACUGAACGAGGACGCCUUAGUACGCCGCAUCAUGACUGUUGUCCAAAACGAGAGUUCGUUCCAGCAAGUGAUGAAGUGUGUGGAGCUGUACGUGGCGAUCACUUUUGGGGGCUUCCUCAGCGAACACUUUUACCUUUUCUCGCUGGAAGACAGAGCGCACAUCAUUGCCCAGGCUUACUCGAGAUUGUCUGUGGUGAGCUGGGAUUGCCUUGCGGGCCGCUUGCAGACAUCCGCCUGUGUCGAGGUCCCUGACGACAUGGCUGGGAAUGACGUGUGUCGGAGCGCCAAACCGGAAGCCCGGAGCACGUGCGCGCGGCUUCUAAGCCAAUGGGGUUGCCCAACCGACAUCAACAUAAUUAUUCAGCAGUUUGUGGACAUCAUGUUUGGAAAAUGCAUUUUCGACACAUACACCCAAUCACCAAGCCCCAUAAGCCACGUCGCUACCACAGACUAUACAGUCUUCACCACGCGAUACGACCGCACUUCGGUGGCACACACGGAGCAUGUAUCAACGGAGAUUGACUUCAAUUCGACGGCGUUAUUGCAGUGCGUGCGGUCCGUAUAUGGGUUCGGGGAAGAUACCUUCGUUUACCUCUUCCUGCCCGACAUGUACACCAAGUGGGCCAUACAAUUUUCCUCCGGGCCUCACAAUGUCACCGAACUAAAUGCACAUGCGAUGGAUCUCUUCUGUGGGAGAGUAGUGGAGUACAGUGCUUGUGUGAGUGGGCAGAUCGCGCGGUCAAAACACCCGGUGGACACAAGGCUUCGUCCCUUCUUCAACCUUCAGGGUCUGGAGUUCCAGUUCAGGAGAUACUGUGACGGCAGAUCAGCGGUGAACCAGCAGUACAUGUGUAUGUUUCAAUGGUCAUCUAGCUGCGAAGGAGGCAGCUUUAUAGAAAUGCUCAUGAACAUGUCCAUGACACCCUUCUUGGAGGACCAGUACGGCCAAAGAUGCGGAGCAAUGCGUCGGUCUAUCCGGUGCCGUGUGCAGGACGUGUCCGCCUGUGAUCAGGAGCUAGCUACCGCUAUGCAUGGGUUUCUAAACGGCCUACUUAGACCGGACUGUGAACAGGGCGCAAACUACACCGUCCCUGAUUUACCGACGGCUACAGACGGCGACCACAAAUCAAACUCAACCCAGGGAGAGAAAGGAGGACAUCGAACAGCUGCGUCGAUUACCGCUAGUGUCAAUGUGCAUCUUCUAGCCAUCGCAUCUGUAUUAACUGUCCCUAUAUGCAAAAUACUUCUGUUAACAGCUUCCCCAAAAGUUUGAACUUUUAUGUUUUCGGCGACCGAAAAUCCAGUCUCUAACUAAAACAAAAAUACUCAAGUCAAAUCUAAACCUCGUUCUCAACUCAUUUUUUUUCCCGACAUUACAGUUUAACAAUAUCCAGGAAGUACUUAUGUUUGACUAUUUUUAAGAGCCCAUUCUCUUUUGCAUUAUGCUGAUUAACAUCAUUUCGCAAUAUUCUGAAACGAAAUAUUUCUCAGCACAAAAUGUACUUGAGUAAAACUGAAAAAUAAAAAAUUGGACUUGAGUGCAAAUUUAGCUCACAAUUGUCUUCUUCUAUAAAAUGUUGACCAAAUACAAGUUGUAUACCUAAUCUUUGAGGGAAUACGAUUUUAAAGAGGGUAACGCAUUAUCAUAUUCUAGUAAUGCUGUAAUGUGAUCAAAUGAGUUGAGACUGAGAUUUGACUAUUUUUGAUAUUGUUAAGCCUACGUUUAGAUUCCGGCCAAAUCCGAUUUUCUGACGUCAUAACGACAUUACGUUACAUCGUAAUCCAUGUAUUACCAAUUUUGGUUAAAGUAUUUGUAUUUUAGAUAUGAUGAACAUUUCGAAUUUGAUAAAUAAUUUAAUUUCGCAAGCAUUUCGAACUGUUAGGUUACGGACAUGUGUUUUAUAACUGAUCGAAAUCAAUGAAUGUAUAUGCAUGCCAUCGGAUAAUUCACACUUAUAUAAGAGUAUGUAUAGUAAUAUAUGUUAUUAUGUAAUACUACAUAAAAUUUGGAAGCUA